AUGGUACAUAAUUGUGCUAUUAUAAGUUGUCCACUUCAUAAUCGACGGAAUAUUCGUAAAGGACUUCUUUUUCAUUCAUUUCCUGUUGAUCAACAUCGAUUUGAAUUAUGGCGACAAACAGUAUUUAAUCAUUGUUCACAAACAUUAUCUAUUAAUAAACAUUCGAAAAUUUGCUAUCGACAUUUUCAUUCAGAUGAUUAUAUUGCUAAUCAUACUGGUCUUACACGUUAUUUAAAAGCAACUGCUAUACCAACAAUUUUUACCGAAAUAAAUUCUAAUACAACUAUAUUUAAUAAUAAUUUAUUACAAUCAACAAUAGAUGUUAAUACGACUAGUAAAAAUAUUCAUCAGCUAACAACAUCAUCAAAAUCAUCUUCAUCAAUAAAUACGAAUACAAAAGCAAAACGACUUUUAAAUACGAUCGAUAAAUUACAUCAAAUACAAAAUGCAAAUAAAAUUAUUCCAAUACAAAAGAUAACUAUUGAGAAUGAACAAAUAAAACAAGAUGAAGAUGAUGAUGAUAAUAAUAAAAAUAUCGAAUUACAAUCAUCAAAAAUCAUUAAUGAUAAUAAUAUUUCGCCUGAUGAUUCAUUACAAAUAUCUCAAGUAUUUACUGUUGAUCAUCAAAAUAUAACAAAAGAUCAACAAUCAUCAAUUCAGGAGAAUUUUCAACAUUCAUCUCUGGAAUCUUCUGAUACAUUACAAUAUACAAAUAAUCUAAUGAUUUCAUUACCGAAAAAUCAUUUAGAAGAUGCAUUAUUUAAAUUUCUUGAACAAGCAAAUCUUUUACAAUAUUACUCGGCUUUUAUUGAACAAGGUGGUGAUGAUUUAAAACAAUUAGCUGAAGCACAAAAUGAAGAUUUUCAAGAGAUUAUUACUCUCGUGGGAAUGGUAUCUAAACCAUUACACAUUAAACGAUUUAAAAAAGCUUUAGCUGAUUAUCGACAAUCAACGAAUAUUGUUGAAAUUAAUCCUUCACCUAUAAAUAAUACAUAUUCAACAGUGUCACUUCCUCGUUCAUCAACAGGAGAAAUGUUAACUGAUCAAUAUUUAUUUUCAUCACUUGUUCAUCCAACGUCAACGAAUAAUUCAUCGAAAAUUAUCAGUCAAUUACCUUCGAAUUGGUGUCUAAAUAAAAUAGAUAGUUCUAAAAAUAAUAAUACACAUCAAUUACUUGAUGAUAAUCAACGUAAAUUAAUUGCUGAUGAAGCAGAACGCUUAGCUAAUUUAUUACCAAUUACAACAAUCAAGAAGACAAAUGGACGUAGUACUAUUUCCAAAGAUUUAUUCACUACAAUUAAUUUACCAAGAGAUUUUGAAGAUCGUUGGCAACGUAUUCGAAAAUAUUCAGCAAUAUAUAAUCGAUUUGAUUCGAAAAAGCCAAGUCAAGUGAUGAGUUUACAUGAAAUUUUAAUCAAUGAAGCUUCAGCUGCAAUAUGUUUUCAUAGACCAGAAUUUUUAACUCGUCGUGAUGAACUGUUACAUCUUGCACGACGUAUACUUCAAAAUAUUGGAAUAUCUACAGUUAAUACUCAAAAAAGACCAUUAAAUAUGUUAUCAUGCGAUAUAACAACACCAACAAAACAAGUCAAAUUAAAUACACCUUCUUCCAAACCAAAUGUUCGACAACGAGACUCUGAUACUUUCCGAUUAAUGUGGCAUAAUCGAGAAGCAAAAGUUGAACAGAUUCCAAUUGAAAUUGAAGCACUUCAAUGUGAACAAAAUAAAUUAUUACAACAACUUAAACAAAAUACAAUUGAUCCAUCAUUGUCCAUAGAUAACAAUGCAUUAAAAAAACAAAUUGAUGAAUUUAGUAAAAAAAUAGAACAACUCAAGGAUGAAGAAAAAAAUUUACGAAGAUUAAUUCGUAAAAAAAAUAUGCGUCUUCGUGCAAAAGAACGUCAACAACAGAAACAACAAAUGACUAUUCAUCCUUCAUCAAGUAUUCAAGAUUUAAUGUUACCUAUUCUACCGAUGACACCAUUACCUAUGGAGAUUAGUCAAGAUCAACAAGGAUCAGCAUCAUUGUCAUUAAUACAAAUAUCUGAUGAUGAUAAUAUUCAUCAAUCAAUAAAUAUUAAGAAUGAAAAAAUUGAGCCGUCUGUUAAUUUAUCUUCUCCUGUUUUAAAAGCAAGAAAAGAACUUUCAACAACACUUAUACCAAAAUCAAUUGAUAGACGACGUGAAGAAGUGAAUGAAAGAUCGAUUAUAUCUAACAAGAAAACAAAUACUUCAAUAGACAGAUUAUCUCGUUCAACACAACGAGAGCCAUCAUUAUCAUCAUUAUCGACAACCGAUAUUGAAUUAGCGGUUGAAUCUGGUUUUCAUUCGGAAACACUAACAGAUAUUUUACCGACUAUUCAUAAUCAAGAAGAUAUUGUUGAAAGCAAAAGUUUUAUUCAUAAUUUUGAUUUUACUAUUAAUACUCAAAUAGAAAAUGAAUAA